UGAAGUAUGGUGCAAUUUGACUUCCAGCACGCUCUGGGUGAGUUGGCCUGGUCUGGGUGGAAUGAUGGUGUGCUAUGAAUCAGGGGAUGGUGGGAUGGAUGAUUGUUUUUAGGUAAUUAUUAAUAUAGUCUUCGAUCCCGGGCCCCACCAGAUUGUAUGAGCAGGAGGUUUGUGUUCUUCGGAGGUUGUGAGCUGGUUGAGGGAGAUGGUGUGAUCGAGUGAGCCGAUUAGGUUAUAAUCCAUAUCAUCCCACCACAUCACAACCAACCACUCAACCAACUCCCAGUUGACUGCUUCAUCAUAUCAUCAAACAACCUCAACCAAACAACAACCCACUCCAAAAACAACCGAGCACUCCCGAAAACAACAACACCCAGAAAACCAAAACCAACUUCAGCCUGGCUAGCUCAGAAGAAAACAACCUCAGGAAAGAAGAUGAAAGAACAUACUACUCCAACUCAAGACAGCCUGCAGCCAGCAGUCCCAGCAGCCACCAACCAAAACAUCUCCGAACUCACCCGGACUAAACUAGCAGGAGAACUGAUCCUACCACUCAACCAACCCCGACGAGGACCCUGUCUGCGCAAACUAGUACACUGGUCCAACCUGCUUUCGGCCUUGACGACCCCAGGGACGAUCGAGGGUCCAGGAGAACAAGAACAAGAAGAACCGGUCGAUCCCGAAGCUCACUCGACCAACCAGCCCGAAUUGGAGGAUUGUCGUCGGUCGGGAACACUCGAAUUGGAGAGUCGCUCGACCGAAACUUCUGGUAGUAGUGGUAGUAGUACUAGGGAACAGGCCGAGUAUGACUGGUUCGAACAUCUGAUGGAAGAGAUCGACGACUCGGACAGCGAAUCCGAGUCUUCCGACGGCGCCCCGGACCCACAGCAGGCGUAUCUGAGCGAGCCCGGGCUGAUCUACCAAUCCAGCCUACAGCCGUCCGGCGAGCCUCCAGACUCCCGGGGACGUAGCGAACGCAAACGGACCUACUUGGGGGGCGAGGCUUCAGACUCGGAGCGUGAAGUCCGUCGGCGCAGACUGCUCCUCCGCUCGACGCAUGAUCGUCCCCGCCGCGCUCGGCCGACCCGGCCCCGGCGGCGGCGAGACUCCAGCACGCUCGGCUUGCCCCAUUGGGGCUUCCUCUGUGUGCGUCCGACGGAGCCCAAGACGGACGACCAGGAGAUCGUCGAGGACGGCCAUCUGCCCAGUCUGGUGCCCAUCAAGGCCCGCUACCGCUUCGAGUCCCUCCCCCUCCCCACUCCCCCGCCCUCCUCCUCCUCACUCCUCCCAUAUCUUCUUCCUACUCCUCAUCCUCCUCUAGCUCCUCAUCAUCAACUAAUGCUCCCCUGCUCGCCCUCCCUCGAAGCGAUCGACUUCAACUCCUACGACUUCAUCAUCGCUGCUACCGCCCACCUCGACGGCCAAACCAUCCUGCUCAAAUACCUCGUCGGCCCGGCCCGGCCCGGCCCCUCCUCUUCUUCUCCCUCCUCCUCUUCCUUCCUCGACUCGAUCAACUCCGACCACCUCCUCCAUCUUCACCCUCAUCUCGAUCGUGGACAUUCUCAGGAACAGCAACUCGAGUCGACCAAUGAUCAUCGCGACGCUCUUCUCCUACGAACCCACAACAGCUCAGCCACUACUCGUCGCCAGAGCCGAGCACUCCCCGGCCUCCUCGUCACCAAACUCCAGAUCGUCUUCAACCAUCUCUCUUCCUCUUCUUCUUCUUCUUCUCUACCUUCCGAAGAGGAGGAUGAUCAAAGCAUGCCCGCCAAUCUGCUCGGCCCUCCUCUCCACGAUCAUCAUCAUCAUCUUGAGCUUCACCAAGAUCAUGCCGAUCGGAUCGCUCACCCACCUCAUCAUCAUCAUCAUCAUCAUCAUCAUCAUCAUCUGCUUUGGAAAGUCUUCCCGCUCGCAAAUCCCUUGCGUUCCUGCAAUCUCUUGAUCCCUUAAUCCUCCUUCCUCCUCCCCUUUCUUUUCCCCCUUCCUCUUACUUCUUCUCUCUUCAUCGUGCUUCUGCACUUCUUAUACUGUGUACUUUUUUUUUCAAAAAAAGUUUUCUCAACUCGCCCGUCGUUCUGUCUCGCUUUUGUACUUGUAUCACUCGAUCGCGCUUAUGUAUUAUUUUCUUAUCACAAUACGUCCGAGGUUUUUGACUGGGUAGUUCGGACUGUGAAGGUCUUACUGGUAGAAUAUAGUUCUUACUCAUACUCAUACUUCACCAUCCACCGUUCAUCAUCAUCAUCGAGAUUCCGAGCCAGGAAUUUCAAAGUUCUACUCACUCCAUCUCAGAUUCAUACUCAAAUCCAUAUCCAAUGUCUCUUCAAGAAUCUCUUCAAAAACUCACAGCUUCAUUCCUCAAAUACAAUCGCAAAUGGAUCGUCAAAAGUCCAAUUCUCAAGUUAUCAGUCCUAAGAUAUAUAUAUAUAUAAGUAACAUCACAUCACAGCAUGUACAUGUA